CAAGCGAGGCGGACCUGUUCAGGAGUUGGAUGGGGGCCAUUUCAAAGCUCAGCCUCUCAACCAACUUCCUUGCCUCUGUUGCCAGUCAGGUCCCUCUACCUGCUAAUGCUCCCGCCCGCCAUGUCAUUUAUCAGCCCGCUUCUGCUGCUUCUACUGGCGGCAGUGGGAGUGAGGAGAAGGCAGAGGAGAAGGCAGGAGAGAAGGCAGAGGAGAAGGCAGAGGAGAGGGACAGGCUAGCAUGUCUGCUGAUGCCGGCGCUGCUGGCCUCGCGUCUCCUCGCUGCCAACAUCACGGUCCUGUUCAGUGACCCCUCAACUGCAUGGCUUCGCAACCCCCUGCCUUACCUCCCUGCCAAUUUCUCCGUCCUCCUCCCCUCCACCUCCCACUCCCCCAACCCCCCCACUCUCAACACCACCACUCCCACCCCUCUCGACCGAUCCCACCUCGGUUCUCUCUCCCCUUGGCUGUUACUGCUCCGCCCCUCCUCUCCUUCCUCCUCCUCCGCUCAAUCCCCCUCCUCUCCUUCCACCUCCUCCGCUCACCCCACCUCCACUCACGCCCUCGCCCUCUCUUGGGGGUUACAAGCAUUCAAGUCUCUGUCCAAAGAGCCGUCUCUUUCAGGCAAGGCGGAGGGAGAUGGGGGGAGCACACCCCUUCGCUUGUCAGUGGCUGUGCAGAGUGCUUUCAACCAUGCUAUAGCACGUGUGGUGGAAGCACAGGCAGGUGAACGGGCAGGUGAAGGGGCAGGUGGUGAAGGAAUCACGAUCGGGUUUUUGCCUGGGGGGUUGUUUCCGCCAAGUGCGGUGGUGUGUGAGGAGAGGCAGUGGGUGCAGCAGCAUAGGGAGGAGGUGGUAGCGUUUCACAACAGCUGUGGGGCCAGCGUGGAGAGCAAGGAGUCAAUGCUGAAGGAGCUGCAGCUGUGGGUGGAUGGCUGA